AUGUCCUUCACUUGGUCGGGCGUGUUGGCUGUUGUGGGCCUGCUAUGGUACAUCAUAUCAUGGUGCAUUGGAAUGUUGGGAUGUUGGGCUGCUCGUAAACGAUACAGGUUGAGGCCACGCUCCCCUCUUGCUUCCGCCGCGGCUCUAUCUGUGCCGGGUGUAUCUAUCUUGCGCCCAUUGAAAGGACUGGAUACAAAUCUAUACGAAAAUCUGGAAUCAUCCUUCACACAGGACUAUCCAAACUUCGAGCUCUUGCUCUCAGUGGACAGUGAGGCCGAUCAAGCUCUUUCCGUCGUACGCGAGCUGCUGGACAAGUAUCCGCAAGUGAACGCCAGGAUAAUCAUCAGCAACGAAGAUGUGGGUCUCAAUCCCAAAGUGAAUAACCUGAUGCGGUCUUAUAAGGAAGCCGCGCACGACAUACUCUGGGUACUGGACUCAAACGUCGUGGUGGCCCCCGGUACUCUCGCACGCGCAGUUGAUGCAUUGAACCAACCCGCCGCACCCGGCAAGAGGCGCAUAGCCUUGGUUCACCAUGUCCCCUUCGCCUUCGUCAAUCAACCUGCGAUAGGUUCGCGGAUAGAAGAGGCCUUCCUCAAUACGAAUCACGCGAAGAUGUACAUUGCCAUCAAUACCACGGCCGUCGACUCAUGUGUUAUGGGGAAGUCCAACCUGUAUCGCCGAUCUGACCUUGAUCUGGUGAACGGGCGUCUUAAACUUCGGCGCGAGCCUCCGGAAGAUGAUGGACGCGGUUUCGGCCUGGCCGCUUUUGGCCGUUACCUAGCCGAAGACAACAUGAUCGCCGCGGCCCUUUGGCACGAAUUGGGCCUACGACAUGAUCUUUCCUGUGAUGUGGCGAAAAAUGCCAUCGGGAGCAUGUCAUUUGCAGACUACGUUUGGCGCCGCGUACGCUGGAUACGCGUUAGAAAACUCAUGACGCUACCAGCCACGCUGAUCGAGCCACUCACCGAGUGCAUUGUUAUCAGUCUGAUCGCUGCUGCCUGCCUGCGGGCACUAUUUGGGGUCUACCCGUUGCUUUUUCUCCCGCUACAUUAUGCUCUAUGGCUUUGGCUCGACCUUGACGUCUACGAAUCACUCGCUGGCUAUCCGCUUCCGUCCUCUCGAAGGUGGGGCUUCCUGGCUGCAUGGGCUGCCAGAGAAUUCCUCGCUUUACCCAUCUGGGUCCUGGCAAUGGCGGGAAAUACGGUCGAGUGGCGAGGGAGGAAAUACAGGAUUCUCAGGAACGGGGAAGUUGGGCGUGUCGCCGACGAUAGCAUCUUCGCCCGAUGGUUCAGGAAGGAGCCGGCAAAGCCGCACGCAUACGAUCUACACGAGCCUUUACUAGAAGAAGGCCGACAGUAG